AUGGCAGACAACGAGAACAUCCCUCAGGUCGCUCCCCCAAGCGGGCCUACUCCAGAGCCAAAGCCGGCAGCCGUUGCCGAGGCUGCUCAAUCGACUGAGAACACUCCCAAGGAGAACAAUCACGACAGCAACAGAAGCAACACCACUCCUUCCAGCUCCAAGCCUGCCGGCGGAAGCACCCGCGGAGACGACAAACCCCACAAGCGCAAGCACACAGGUUUCGGCGCGGCGAAAGGAGAGGUCCCCGACAAGCGUGAGCAGGUCGCCCAGAACCGCGAGGCCAAGCGUCGCCGCAUAAUCGAAGGCGAAAAUGGCGGUCACAGCUACAUGAGCAUCACUUUCCCCCCUGAGGAGAUCGCUGCCGAACAGCGCCGGCCGAAGCGCAAGGUCGCCGUUCUCAUUGGCUACGCGGGCACAGGCUACCACGGCAUCCAGAUCAACCACAAGGAGCGCACGAUCGAGGGUGAUCUUUUUGCGGCCUUUGUUAAGGCUGGUGCCAUCUCGAAGGUCAAUGCCGAUGAUCCUAAGAAGUCGAGUCUUGUACGUUGCGCGCGUACCGAUAAGGGCGUGCACGCCGCCGGCAAUGUCCUCUCGCUGAAGCUGAUCGUGGAGGACCCUGAUAUUGUCGAGAAAAUCAACUCCCAUCUGCCCGACCAGAUUCGCGUCUGGGGUAUCCAGCGCACGAGCAAUGGCUUCAGCUGCUACCAGGCCUGUGACUCCCGCUGGUAUGAGUACCUGAUGCCCAGCUACUCGCUGCUGCCGCCUCACCCAAAGAGCUUCCUGGGCAAGAAAAUCAUCGAGUCGGCCAAGGAAAAGGGCGUCUACGAUGAAUACAUGUCCCGGUUGGACGAUGUGAAGGAUUUCUGGGAGGAGGUCGAGAAAAAUGACAUUAAGCCGAUUCUCGAUAGGCUCGAUCCCUCGAUAAAGCCCGAGGUCCUGCGGAAGCUGUAUGCUUCCGUCGACCAAGUGUUGACCGACGAGACGGAGCCUACGCAGGACAAUGAGGGCAUGGCGCAGGAUGUCGAGAUGAAGGAUGCCUCGGAGCAAUCGACUGCUGCCCAAGAUGGCAAGCCGGAAGCUGCCAAAGCUGACUCGGACACUAAGAUGGAGGGUACCAGUGCCAGCGAUAAGUUGAAGGAUACCAAGAUGGAGGAUGCGAAAGCGGAGUCCAAGUCCAAGCAGGAUUCCGCCUUCACCGUGCAGAAGUCAAAGGACUCCAAGUCCAAGUCUGACAAGGACAAGGAACUCACGCCUGUCGAGCUAGCCCUCCGCGAGAUCAAAGCCGCCUACGUCGCAGCCAAGCGGCGGUACCGCGUCACCCCCGUGCGCAUCCAGCGCCUGCAGGAGGCCCUCAACCAGUACCUGGGCACACGUAACUUCCACAACUACACCGUCAUGAAGGCGUUCAAGGACGCUUCCGCCAAGCGCCAUAUCAAAUCGUUCCAGGUCAACCCAAACCCGAUCCAGAUUCGUGAUACCGAGUGGCUCUCGCUCAAGGUGCAUGGUCAGAGCUUUAUGAUGCAUCAGAUUCGAAAGAUGGUCGCCAUGGCUGUGAUGGUUGUACGGUGUGGUGCCCCUCUGGAUAUUAUUAACCAAAGCUAUGGGCCAAGGAGGAUCAGUAUUCCCAAGGCCCCUGGCCUGGGAUUGAUGCUGGAGAGACCGAUGUUCACCGAGUACAACAAGAAGGCUGUGACCAUUGGCCGUGAGCCGAUUGACUUUGCUAAGUAUGAGGAUAAGAUUAAGGCGUUCAAGGAUGAGCACAUCUAUCGCCGGAUGUUUGAGUUGGAGGAGAAGGAGAAUUCUUUCCAUCUCUUCUUCAACCAGGUCGACAACUACCGGACCGACUACUUUCUUUGGGUUACUGCUGGCGGCCUGGAGGCAUCCCACGAGCGAUCAGAAAGGACCGAGAGAGUACCCAAAGCCCUGCAGGCUGAACUGGGCGAUGAUGCUGAUGGCGUUGAGGAGAGGGGCGAUUGA